UGGGGAGGGGGCUGGGUCCUUCGAUGACGGGUUAACCUUACCAUGUCCAUGUCCAUGUCAAGUUUGCAUGCGGCUGCAGCAUAACAUCGCAUAAAAUACGGCGUACAAUAUCUGCCGUGCCAGGCCAACAAAUCAGUUGCAUUGGAGCCGUUGAAUCGCGAUGAACGUCUGGAAGGCAAAAGUGUUGACCGAGGUGCCGUUUGGUCAUGUGCUCAUCGUUGGUGGCAAAGUCAAGCCGCAUCCCAAUAAAAUUUCGCUGGACCUGACGGAUAAUGUGAAUGCGCAGAAUGAAAGCGAAACGGUUUUCCUCAAAAUUGAGGCGAACUUCCGCGAGGGUCAAAUCAUACGCAGCAUGUUCCAGCCGGGCGAGGGCUGGCAGCAGGAGGAAAUCUCCAAGAAUUGGAAAUGUGAUGGGCCCAAGAAUCCCUUGGUGCCGGGUCAAUGUUUCACCUUUCGCGUGGCCGUGCUGCAGCGCUGCUUCGAGAUCUACGUGAACGAUCAGCUUUACGGUUCGUUUGAGUUCCUCAAGUUUCCCAAGCAAAUCAACUAUGUGCGCGCCUACGGGGACUUCGAGAAGAUCACACAAUUCCAUCAUCGGAUGCUCUUUCCGCUCGUCUUUCCGCGCAGUCUCAUGUGCGUGGAUCGCGUCGCCUUCCAGAGCGACGUGCCGCGUCGCUAUGAGACAGGCACCGUUGUGGCCAUGGAGUGCAUUGCCAAGGGACCGCCCACAACGGAGUUCUCUAUUUGUUUUCAGUGCAACGACACAGGUCGCAUGGUGCUCAGGUUCAACGUCAACUUUGACAAGACGACCGUCACGCGUUGCUAUCAGCGCGAGGACAACAGCUAUGCCAGCGAUGAUGAGGAAACCGAGGGCGAGUUUCCGUUUGUGCGAGGCAAGCUCUUCAAAAUCGCCUUUGGCAUUGGCGAUCGUUCCUUUCUCAUCGCGGUCAAUGGACAAUAUUUUACCUAUUACAAUUUCCCGAUGCGCCCGUUUUCCAUAUCCACGCUCAAGUGUUUCACCAACGAUGCGGGUGACUUUUCUGUGAGAAGCUUGGAGUAUCACUCGGACUCGCCGCUGCUCUCGCGUGUCGAGAAAUUGUCCAUUAUCUAAGACGAAAUUUGUUAUUUAGAUUAUUCCGUGCUAUCGCUAGAAGCGAGUAAAGCCUUGCUAGCUGCAAUCGUUGAAUUUUUUCUUGUACACCAGUUAACUAACUACCUAUAGUCUAUCAAGUUUAUUAAAUAUAUUAAACUCUCUUAAAGAA